AUGGCAGAAUCAGAAUCAUAUCCGAUGAAUGGUGGAGAUGGCACAUACAGCUACGCUAAGAACUCCAUCUAUCAGAGAGCAGUUUCAAAUGUUGCAAAAGAUAUGGUCGAUGAAGCAAUUGCAGAGAAGCUUGACGUAAAAAGCCUCACUUCUAAUUCAAACACUUUGCGCAUAGCAGAUUUGGGAUGUUCAGUUGGGCCAAAUACCUUCAUUACCAUGCAAAGUGUGCUUGAGGCCGUGGAAAAGAAGUAUCUUUCCCAUGGCCUUGCCUCUAAAGUGCCGGAAUUCCAAGUUUUCUUCAACGAUCAUGGUACCAAUGAUUUCAAUACCCUAUUUGCCUCCCUCCCUCAUGAUAGGAAAUACUUUGCUGCUGGAGUGCCAGGUUCUUUCUAUGGCCGGUUAUUCCCCGAGUUCUUUCUCCAUUUUGUGCAUUCCUCCUUUGCACUCCAAUGGCUCUCUAAGCUGCCUGAAGAGUUGCUUGACAAAAACUCACAAGCAUGGAACAAUAAAAGAAUCCACUACACAAGUGCCUCAGAGAAAGUAGUUAAUGCUUACGCAACUCAAUUUACAAAAGACAUGAAGAUGUUUCUGAAUGCCAGAGCUAAAGAGAUUGUUGCUGGAGGGAUGAUGGUACUGCUUGUGCCUGGUUGUCCGGAUGAUAUUCAUCAUUCUCAGCUCUCAACAGCUCUGUUGUUUGAUUUCCUUGGGUCUAAACUCAUGGAUAUGGUGAAUGAGGGAUUAGUCAGUGAAGCUCAAGUGGAUUCAUUUAACUUGCCUGUGUACUUUCCUUCCCCAAUGGAGAUGGCAAGGCUUGUAGAAGAAAAUGGGUGUUUCGAUAUUGAGAUAAUGGAGUUGCUGGAUCCCAGGUCAAAUAUGAACUACGCAAUUGAUGUGCAUGCAUUAAUAAUGCACCUAAGAGCUGGCCUGGAAGGAAUUUUCACCAAACAUUUUGGAAGUGAGAUUGUUGGUGAAAUGUUUGAAAGGACUUCUCAAGAAAGUGCAGAGCUUUCCUGCCUUCUGGACAAAAGCAACAAGAGAAACAAACUAUUUGUUGUUUUGAAGCAUAGAUGA